AUGAAGCUCACUGCUAUCCUCGCUGUUACCGCUGCCGGCCUUGUCAGCGCUCAGAUUCCACCGGUUCCCAGUUGCUCUAUCAACUGCUUCCUUACCGCUCUCAGUGGUGGUGGUUGCAGCGGGCUCACCGACUGGGCAUGCCAGUGCAAGAGGCCAGAUCUACCCCCAAAGAUCAUUCCUUGCGUCAAGUCAGCCUGUCCGCAGGCUUCGGACCAGAGCUCCGUCUCCAGCAUUGUGGCAUCUGUCUGCUCGAAGGCCGGUGUCCCCAUCAGCAUCCCACCAGUAUAA